AUGACGAAACUGUGGUACUUAUGGCUCACUGUUGCGCAGCACUUUGUGGCUGCACAACGACAGACUCUGACAGUCGCAGCAAGUGGCGGCAAUAAAUCUAGUGCCCUUUUGUACGGCACCUUAUACGAGGAUAUAUAUCAUUCUGGAGAUGGCGGACUAUACGCCGAACUUCUUCGCAACCGCGCUUUCCAAGGCUCUUCACAGAAUGGGCAGGCAAGCACAACACGGACGACUGAUUUCUGGCAUCCCAUUGGGAAUGUUCAACUAUCCGUGGAGGAUUCAACUCGGGCUCUAUCUGAAGAUUUGACGUACGACUUGCGAAUGAAUGUUCCCGCGGGUACAACUGGCCAGAUCGGUUUCUAUAACGAAGGCUUCUGGGGAUUUCAUGUCGAUGCUGCUAAGCGUUAUGCUGUCAGUUUCAACAUUAAAGGAGCUUACGACGGGACAGUGAUAGCUGGAUUCAAGAACAACAUCACCGGUGCCCAGCUUUCUUCUACUGCUAUAUCCGUGUCAUCCGUUGAUGAUACAUGGACCUACAUUCCACCUCAUACCUUUCAACCUACCUCAACUCCGGGCAACGCGAAUAAUACGUUCACCUUUUUGUUUGAUGGUAGUCAACUUGCCGGCAAAAGUAUCCAGGUGAACCUCCUCAGUCUAUUCAAACAGACUUAUCGAAACCGAGCGAAUGGUGUAAGAGAAGACUUAGCUGGAUCGUUCGAUGGUCUGAAGAGCUCAUGGGUUCGCCUUCCUGGAGGGAACAACAUGCAAGGUUUAAGCAUUGGAAACGAAUGGCAUUGGGAUCGCACAUUUGGUGACCUCAAGAAUCGUCAAGGCCACGUCGGAACAUGGGGUGAUAUCCAGACCGAUGGGUUUGGCAUCCUGGAAAUGAUGCAGUGGGCAACAGAUGCGAACCAAACGAUUGUCCUAGGGCUGUUUGCUGGACUUCACAUUGGCGGCGAUAUAGUGUCCGAAGCCGAUAUUGACGGGUAUGUUGACUCGACCAUGAACUAUCUUGAAUUUCUAAAGGGAGAUUCGUCUACUACCUGGGGUGCAAAAAGGGUAAACCUUGGUUAUCCCACCCCAUUCAAAGUGGACCAUAUUGAAAUAGGCAACGAAGACUACUUGAAUGGAGGUACAUCAUCGUACUAUUCAUACCGAUUCGCAGCGUUCUGGAACCGUAUCAGAGCCACCUACCCAUCGAUCGCACUUAUUUCAUCCAUUUUCCCGCCUCCUGUGCCGGGAUCCGACACUUGGGUCGAUCUGCAUUUCUACUACAACCAAAACACAUUCGUCAGCCUGUUUGACCGGUUUGACAAUGCCAACCGGAGUUUGCCGAUCAUUGUUGGCGAGUAUGCUUGCAUCCAUGAAUUCGAUAAUGGCUCUCCAGAGAUUGGAGCACAAACAAUGGGAACGGCUUUGGCAGAGGGCAUAAUGUUACUCGGAGCGGAGCGCAAUUCUGAUAUCGUGAUGGGAACAGCAUAUGGUGCGCUUAUCAAGGAAUACGACGAAGCUCCUAAUACCGUGGCCGUCAUCAAGCACUCUGCUGACCAGAUUCUGCAAUCCACGAGCUAUUACGUACAGCAGAUAUUCUCUCAGUAUAAAGGUGAAGAAACCGUGUCAGUGACGACCCAGUUCGGAGAAGGCAUAGAUCCUCUCUAUUGGUCUGCUACACGGACCGGCAGCACUCGGUACUUGAAGCUGAUUAAUUACUACGGUCCAAGUAGCGUUGUUGAUGUUGUGUUGCAGGGGACACACUCAAGCACCGCACAGGUUGUCACUCUCACAGCGCCCGAUUGUUCUUCAACGAACAAAUUAAGUCAAUUAGGGGGCGAAUCAACCAGCAUUACUGAAUCAACUAUUGUGGAGAGCGAUGGCAAAUUUACCGUCAUUUUUGGAAAUCCCUGCGAAAUAAAAGUUCUUAUUGCUUGA